GACCCGACACCUUUUCCUUUCCUUCCCCGCAAAUUCAGAUAAGCAAUGCGGAGUCGGAUAUUUAUCCGCUCUUGAGCUUUCCCGGAGUAUAUAACGACUUAACCGUCGGCUCAUUCGAGGUACUUCCUCUUCUCCCCGCAAUCUUUCUGUCUAUACAGUUCUACGACAAACCUCCAUCCCAACACCGGCAAUGCCCGAAAUCCCCACCUUCGAUAAUCUCACCCUUGACCCCGCCGGGCCCCCGGGAAACGCAUGGGGCCUCUUCGGCCGCGACAACGACCUCGGCAUGCUCAACCUGCUCACACCAGAGACUGUACGACGCGCUGCUGCGGAGGAGAUCCGCGACGGGGUGCGCUUCUCGUUGGACCUGCCAUUAGAUCGCAUCAAGAGCCCGAGUUUCGGGCGCAAGCCGUUUUCGAGGGAAUUUGUGAACCGGGCCCCAAGGAGCGUCAAUGAUGAUGUUUUGGUGUUUAAUACGCAGACGAGUAGUCAGUGGGAUGGGUUUCGACAUUAUGCAUGGGUUAAAAAAGGCGGCAUCGUCGGCCGCGGCAUCCUCAUCGACUACGCCACCUGGGCAACUAAGCACUCCAUCCCCCUCACGCCCUUCACGACCAGCACGAUCCCACUCUCGUCCCUACAACAAAUCAUCCAAGAAACAAACCUGCAUCCCCGACCCGGCGACAUCCUCUUCAUCCGCACCGGUUUCACAGCCGCAUACGACGCCCUUUCCGCUAGCGAGGAAACCGCCCUUGCACAGCGCCCAACAGCAGACUUCUGCGGCGUCGAGAACGGCGAACAAACCCUGCGCUGGCUCUGGGAGAACCAGUUCGCUGCGAUUGCGAGCGAUUCGCCGAGUUUUGAGCCGUCGCCUAUCUUGCAUAAGAAUGCCCCGCUAGAUCAUACCCUGCAUCAGUGGUGUUUGGCGGGUUGGGGUAUGCCGAUUGGGGAGUAUUUUGAUUUAGAGGAUUUGGCGACGUAUUGUAGGGAGAAGGGGAGGUGGUCGUUUUUCUUGUCGAGUGUGCCGUUGAAUGUACCUGGGGGAGUCGCGAGUCCGCCGAAUGCAGUGGCUAUUCUAUGA